CAUCGGGUGAUUGGUUCAGGGACUGAGGCCCCUCCCCACGCUCUCUCCUAUUAGCUGUCCCAUUAUGUCAAUCACCCCCACCUGACACCCCUCUGUUUCCCCAUUGGCCGUUCACCCCUCUUUAAAAACCGAUGUAAGACCUCAGUUUGAGGUGUUCGGACAACAGUUUCCCUGGAGCUUACUCGAUCUAUAUUGUGCUGUCACCGAAGUCCAUCUCCUGUCUUCUGUGGGUAGCAGCCCCUUCUCUUCGUCGCGGAUCCUCGUCCCAUAAGAUUUUGCCGGUGGCUCACACGAAAAUACAUCCCGACCAGAAAUUAGGUGAAAGUGUUCAGCAACUUCUUCUAGCAAAAAUUGCAGUCUACUUGAUGACCUUUUUAAUAGUCACAGUGGCAUGGGCAGCUCAUGUAAGGUUGUUUCAGGUGAUAGAACAUAUAGAUGAUGUCCUGGCACUUCUAAAUCUGGCUUGUAUGAUGAUCAUAACCUUCUUGCCGUAUACAUUUUCCUUAAUGGCCUCCUUUCCAGGGGUACCUUUUGGCAUCUUCCUGUUCAGUGUCUGUGCUGUUGUCAUUGGCCUUAUACAGGCUGUGAUAGUAGCAUAUGGAUUCUAUCACCCACACUUACUGAAUCAACAGAUACAGGAGUCUGAAAAUCAGAAUUUCUAUAAACAUCAUAUCUUAAAGAUUAUCCUAAGAGGACCAAUUUUAUGCUUUUUAGCAGCCAUCUUUUCUUUUUUCUUUAUUCCUUUGUCUUACAUACUUCUUGGACUUGUAAUAGUUUUUCCGCAUCUCACUCGAUUAAUUACAUGGUGUAAAAACAAAAUUCUUGGUCAGAGAGGUGAAGAGGAGGAACAUCAUAGCUUAGAAACCUUCACAUUUUACCUCAGUGAGCCUCUGAGUAAGGAACGAGUAGAAGCAUUCAGUGAUGGAGUCUAUGCCAUUGUAGCAACCCUGCUCAUUUUGGAUAUAUGUGAAGACAAUGUUCCUGAUCCCAGAGAAGUUGAGGAGAAGUUCCAUGGCAGUCUUCUUGAAGCUCUAAGUGAAUAUGGGCCAAACUACCUUGCUUACUUUGGCUCAUUUGUUACAAUUGGUCUCCUGUGGUUUGUCCAUCACUCUCUUUUCCUUUAUGUAACAAAAGCUACCCGGUUAAUGGGACUGCUUAACAUACUUUCCUUGGCUUUCAUUGGUGGGCUUCCACUAGCUUACCAGCUGACCAGUGAAUUUGCAGAAAAGUCUCACAAUGAAAUAGAAGCCAUUCAGGUCAGCUGCGUUAUCACUUUCUUUGCCAGCAUAUUUCAGUUUGCAAUAUGGACCACAGCCCUUCUCAAUGAAGAGGAAACUUUGCAUGCCUUUGCUAGAUAUGGUGGUAAGGAGCAUGCCUUCAUGUUUGCCAAGCUAGCUCUUUACCCUUGUGUAAGCCUGGGGGCCUUCUUUCUAACUUGCUUGUUAAGUGAGUUUAGCACAGCAAUUUUCCAUCUUAUGCAGAUUGUAAUCCCGUUUGCUUUUCUUGCCUUGCGCAUUUUUGUUAGAAUUUCUUUAACUGCCAUAAAAUCUGUGAUGUCUCUCUCCAGACGGAAGGUGGUGUUGUUAGAAGAAGAGGAGGCAUGUUUGUCUCCAAAUGAAACACUGUCCUAAAUUUCCGCACAGUGCAUGUGAAGUUACGAGAUCAACUUCAGCUCCUCUGACUCGCAUUAUAUUCGUGUGUGGAUUAUAUUGAUGUAAACCAAAGCCUGUAUUGACCAUAACUGGGGCAUAUUUAUGUUUAAGCUGGCCAUGCUCGAGACCCUUUCUCCAAAAUCUGCUAUUGAAAAUAUUGGAUAAAGAGGGGAUGCAAAGAAAAGCAUGUUCCCCUUCUUUUAGGAUUGCCUUAUAGAAAAAAAUGCUGCUUGACAUGUAACUGCAGCAAUGAUUGAUUAAGAAGUGCGCAGAUACCCAGGAAAAUGGCAGCCAAAUACAGAAGCUGGUUGAGCUGUGUAAGAGAAUGUGAGGCAUGGAAAACAUGGAGACAUCCGGAUUUCUGGAUCAUAGUGGAACAUAUGUGCGCACAAGUUAAUGUUUUGGGUUUUUUUUCUUUUUAAUGUUAAAUUUUUUAAUUUUUUUUUUCAAUGGUCUGUUCUGCAUAGUCACAAACAGGGGAUAGCAGUUGGAAAUCUAACUGUGUUUGAGUGGCUCUGUUUGAGUUUAGAUGGAGUUGCAAUUGUGAUAGCAGUCUUCCAAGCCAUCUGAACACAAGUUCUUUGGCCAUAUCUAUUCUUUUUUUUUAAAGGGUGUAACAAGUGAAGAUUCAUGUGGCUUUGCGUCCAAGUUUUAACUAGCUUUGAUAUUUUCUGAGGGAAAAGAGCUCUGUGAUUAGAUGUAAGAGUUUUUCUGUUCUGCAGAAACUUCUCAUCUGAAGUGUUUUAAUUUCUCAGGCUUUUUUUGUUUCUUUUUUGUCUGGUAAUGGAACAUCCUUCUGUUAUUCAGAAGGCAUGGUGUCAUAUUCAAGGAGAGUAUGAGACUGCAAUGUGUGAGAGUUCCACAUCAGGUAAGGGACUUGAGCUUUCUCCUGAGUUGUGGACAACUAAGGGUAUCAUGUGUCCAUGAUAAGGUUGAUUUUUUUUUUUUUCUUUUUACGUGCAGCUGGAUAAAUAUUGUGCUUUUCAAAUCGUCUAAACUCUGGCUGCCCUAGAAGCCGUUACAUUUCCUUUUGGCAGAGUGAUUAAUUUGUAUCUUGAAUUAUCUUAGUGCCUGACAAUUUUAAUGCCAUAAUUAAGGCAUUUGGGGAAUUUCGUUGUUCAUCAUUAAAUAAAAAAAUGUGGCAAAAUAUGCCUGAAGAAAUUAUAGGUGAAAAACAAAUAUCUCGUUUCAGUUGAGAUCAGUUUUGAAAGCACUUGUGCUUUUGUUUUGAAGCACCUUGAUACCGAUUAUGUCAUUGUGAAUAUUACAUACUUCUCAUGAAGAGUAUGUUCAGCUAUUCAAGGGGAUUUAUACCUAGUUGUGGUUAAAUUACUUCCAUUGUGUUGUGUAUAGCAGUUUUUCUGAUACUUAAUAAAAGCACUUUUGGUUCUGUGUGGUUUCUAAUGUGCAGCAGACACAUAGUAAGUAGUAAAUAUGUGUAUUUGUAAUAAAUUGCAAUCAGUGAAAAAACAAAA